AAUGUUGAACCGAAAACAUCGCAAGCUUUUUUAUUUAGAUGUCCAGUAUCUUCCAACCUGUAUGACUUGCUUCUGAGGAACAUAGAAGAUUUUAGGCAGGAUGACAAACAGAAUCUGAGUUACCUUUCACUUUCAUUGUAUAGUAGAAAAAAAAUUAAAUGGGCAGUGGAAGCGAAUGAAGUCAUAAUGCCCGAAAAUUUCUGUAAGUCACACAGGUUUGGAAGGAUAUGACUGAGUAACGGAGUAAGUUAUGCCAGUCUUCAGAGCCCUUAGUAACGUAGCAAAGCAGGCCCUGCUGGCCCCUGCGUGUGGAUGUCAGCCUCUGACUGUAGCGAUCCGCAACAUCAGCUUCUCCCCGCGUCAGGUCACCUCUGGAUCUGAUGCCAGCUUUCAUUCUGUGUCCUUCUCUGAAACGGACCACCCUAAAGUUCUCAUCACAGGUGGUCUUGGGCAACUAGGUGUUGGGCUUGCUAAACUGUUAAGGAAGCGAUUUGGAAAAAACAAUGUGAUCCUCUCGGAUAUCAGGAAACCACCCAGCAACGUCUUUCACAGUGGCCCCUUUAUCUACUCUGAUAUUCUGGACUACAAGAACUUGCGGGAGAUUGUAGUAAACAAUAGAAUCACUUGGUUAGUGCAUUACAGUGCUCUUCUAAGUGCUGUUGGGGAAGCUAACGUGGCACUGGCACGAGCAGUCAAUAUCACUGGACUACACAACAUCCUAGACAUUGCAGCAGAACAUGGGCUUCGGCUCUUUGUGCCCAGUACAAUUGGUGCCUUCGGACCAACUUCACCUCGAAACCCCACUCCUGACCUCUGUGUGCAGAGACCACGCACUAUAUAUGGCGUCUCUAAAGUCCAUGCAGAGCUCAUGGGGGAGUACUACCACCAUCGAUAUGGCCUUGACUUCCGCUGUCUGCGGUACCCUGGCAUCAUCUCUGCAGAUUCACAGCCCGGCGGUGGCACGACAGACUACGCUGUGCAGAUUUUCCACGACGCCGUCAAGACCGGAAAGUUUGAGUGCAACUUGAAGCCAGACACACGGCUGCCCAUGAUGUACAUUGAUGACUGUUUGCGGGCCACGCUGGAGGUGAUGGAGGCGACGGUGGAAUCGCUCAGUAUGCGCACCUACAACAUCAACGCCAUGAGCUUCACACCGGAGGAACUUGCAAAUGAGGUCCAGAAACAGCUGCCUGAUCUUCAGGUCACAUAUGAGAUCGACUCCGUACGACAGGCUAUAGCUGACAGUUGGCCCAUGAACUUUGAUGACUGCAACGCCCGGAAAGACUGGGGCUGGAAGCACGACUAUGAUCUGCCAGAGUUGGUCCAGACAAUGCUUGACUUCAUCGGCUCAGACUCCCGCAUCUCCCAGGCCAACUGAGUCUGCUCAUGAACACUGAAAAUAUGUACAUUUCAUAAAGAUUUAUAGUGAUGCAAAAGAGAGAUCCGCGGUCUGUAAAUAGUCAUAUUCCUUUUCUCUUUUGUGUCAUCUGCAUUUACUUUUUGACUUGCACGGACUAUGUAUAAUUGUAGAUUAUACAAAGAGGUCGGUCUCUUUUCAGGUCAGGGUGGAAAACAGUCGGAGAUUUACAAGUAUUUUGAAGCUAAAUGAAGAGGAAUAAGUUUAAACCUGACGUCAAGACCGGCUUGUGCUUUGCUUUUAGUGAAAAAGGAUCACUAUGUCUCCAGGAGAAACAAACCAACUGAAUGAAUGUGGCUGAUCCUAAAAUGUAGUUUCCCCAAAUUCUAGUCUCUUUCUGAAAUUCUAUAUUUUUUCCUUUUAUUUAAGAUAUAUAAUUUUACUGUACCUUUUGUAGAAAAUCAUAAUAUGAGGCAAAGGCAGGUGGCUGAGUUCAGACUAAUAUGAAUGAAAGAUUUGGAAUAGUUACAGCAACAGCAGCUUCACCCCUUUCUAAAAUAAACAGAGCAGAGUCCGGUUUGAACAGGGUGGGACUCAGAUGGAGGUCCUCAGGGAAAGUGAGGGUUGUUAUGAUAAAUGACGUUAUCAUAUCCCUCUUGGUUGCUUUUCCUGUCUUGUGCACUAUAUUUAUUUAGACAGCUUACAAAUUAAAUGCAAGAUUUGGUCUUGCUUCACAUGUUUGCUGUAAACUUUAAUAAGGUCUCUUUUGUUAAAUGCUUUUUCUAUCAUUUAUUGCCAUAACCCAUGGAUGUUUUCCCAUGGAAUAUAUUAUCUCAUAUGAAGGGGAGAGUGGGAAACCGAUUUAAAUAAUUUUUAGUUAAGCUUUACAUCCACAUCUUUUUGAUCACAAAACUUGUCAAUAAAGCUUUUUUAUCUUUAAUAUUUUGAAGAGUAAUUAAUUAGUUAUUUGAGUUCAGUAGACUUUUUGUAGGUGAGAUUUACCCUUUUUUUAUAAAUGCUUUUACUCUACAUUUGUGCAGCUUUAGAGGAUUUAUGGUAUUUUUUAAAACAUUUUUAUGAAUAAAUUAAUAAAACUUUUUUUUGUAAAACUCACAAUAAAAAAACAACUUUCUGUACUGUGAACGUGUGAAAGCGUUGCCACUUACAGUAUUUUUCGUGUAUUUUGUGGUCUGCAUUGUGUUUGAUUUAGUUAUUUUAUUUGACAAAUUAAAAAGAAAAACUAUUGAUUUUUUUUUUUUCGUUCAUUUCACUGUGUGCUCCUGAUUGUGAUUUUUUUUCACACUAACAUACAACCAUAUAUCAAUCCAGUAUAAUUAUUAUUUUUUAAUUUUUUUUGUAGAUUGUUGACAACUUUUUUUUAUUUUAUUUAUUUAUUAUUAUUUUUUAGCAGGCAUUUUUUGGGAUCAAAAAGACCCCAAACGGCACAUAAGGGGUAAAAAAUGAUAACUGAGGGUAGAACUGUCAUUGUUUUUAUUAAAUUUAUUUAUUUAUUUUUCAUUUUCUUGGUGUGUAUCUGCACUUGUUUAAUAGUACCUGAUUGACUGCAGUGCCACCAGUCAUUGAAGUUUUUAAUUAUAACUUUUGGAAAAUUCUUGAAGUUUGUGGUUAUUGUCAUAAGAUCCUUUGUAGUUUCCCUUUGUUUGUAGCAGGAACACUGCAAAAGUGAAAAAGAGAGAUUAGGUUUUUUUUUUUUUUUUUUUUUUUUUUUUUUUUUUUUUGGGGUGCUUGGCAAAGGAGCCUCUUUGCUGUCUGUAAUUUGAGAGUUAUGCACCAGAUGAGUUUCAGGUGAGGACAAUUGUAUCUGUCAGCAGCUCUUCCAAAUGAAAUUUUAUCUCAUGUAAAGUAUGGGCAUGUCAUCUAUGAACACAAAUAGUGUUGUUUGUCUGCACUGUCGCUCAGUGAGACAGGUGUACAGUUGAAGUGAUUAAUUUUCAAAAAAAUGAAAAUCAAAUAAAAAAUUCUUUAGUUGCAACA